CUGCCAAACCUAGUCUGCUUGCGGCCUCUGGAGCCAGCAGCUCUGUGCCCUUGGUCUCAGGCAGCAGUCCCUUUGUGGACAGGCGAGCUGGGGAGAAAAUAAAGCUGGUUUGGUGCAAUUUCCUAGGGCCUAACUGCAGAGUCAUCGGGCUGCUCUCACUUGCUUCACCCUCAUACCUUCUCUGGCUCUGGCGUCUGGGUUCCAGCAGGUUUUCCCCAAAUAAUUAAAAAUAGCAUGAAGUGCUUUUACUUUCAGGUUCAGCUUUAUGCUCAUUUCCUUUCUUAACAACCUCAGUUUGUUUUCAGCUUCUGUGGGAGAAGAAAACAGCAAGGCUGAGUUAAGAGGUACCUGGAUGCUCAUUCUUGAACAGAACAGCAAUCUAUGGCUCAGGGCUGGGGAUUCUGGUGACCUUAGUGGAUGCCUUCAACAGUGGAGCGGUUCCUUCUCUGGAGAACACGGUGAUAUCUGUGUCCUAGUGUGAGGACUCAGUGGCUCUGCAGAGUGAGGUUCCCACAGAAAUGGUCGUGGCAGUACCAGACCUGGGCUAUGGAGCCGCCCCCACAGAGCAGCCCCCCCAAAAUGACGAGGAGUUAUGGAAGAAGUACAUGAGUUUAGUGCAGAUGAAGAAGGAACUAGAGGGAAGCUGCAUGAAGAAAGAUGAGCUUCUCCAUGAAGCACGAGAAGCCUUAGCAGAGGAGCAAGCCAAAAGAGAGACAGCUGAGAAGGAAAAGCGGCUUCUUGAGAAAAGGUGUAAAAUGCUGCAGCAAAAGUUAGAGACUCUAGAAACAAUUUUCCAGGAAUCCAUGGCCCAGAUGAGAGAGGAGAUAAAGAGAGAGAGAAAAAACCUUCUGAGAGGGCAGAAUGAGAGGAUUCAGAGGCUGGAGGCCCAAACAAAAAUCAUGACUGGUAACAAGCAACAUACUGAAACUGACUGCACUCCAAAGAUAAUGGAGAACAAUGACAGAGAAGAUACUUCGCAGCCUUCAUGGUGGCCUCAAAUUUGUGAGCUGCUACAAGAGUUGAUUUUACUAAUGGUCAAGUUUUUCUCUUGUAUAUAAUUUCAGAUACCUGGGCACAGUAUUCAGACUUCUUCCAACAACCUCUACGAUCCUCACCUUUAUGUUGCAGACUGGUUUCUCCAUAAAGUCUGGAUUUCCUGAAUUCUCUAAAGUGGGUUGGGUGGCCCUCCUUUGUGAUCUCAUUGUACCUAUGGCAUGAUUUUGAAAACUUAAGUUACCCAUUGACUCUGUUUCGCUGAUGAUACCUCACUACUAGGGACAAGUUUAUCUUUAUCAUUGUAAUCUUAGUUCCUAUUUGCAUGUCCAACACUUGAUCAGUAACUGCAAAAUGAUGGUUGAACACAUUCCCCACUCUCUAAAGAUUCUUUUUUAACAAAAGGUUUAUUUAUUUAUUUUUGAGAGAGAGAGAGAGAGAGAGAGAGAGAGAGAGCAAGCAUGAGUGGGGAAGGGGCAGAGAAAGGGGAAGAAUGAGAGAAUCCCAAGCAGGCUCUGCACUGUCAGCACAGAGCCUGAUGUGGAGUUCGAACUCAUGAACUGUGAGAUCAUGACCUGAGCUGAGAUAAAGAGUUAGAUGCUUAACUGACUGAGCCGCUCAGGUGCCCAGUUCCUGUUUUCUAUUAUAUAUCCUCACUAAUUAUGACAGAUGCUUUAAAGGACCCUUAAAACAAAGGGUAUAGUUUUUGACAUAGAGAACAAAGACAAAAGGAGAUGUAGAUAAAAUUAAAUUUCCUCAUAACCUGCAGCCCAAUGACAAAUACUUGAGACAGGGAGAGUAUGACAUUCCUCCAGGAACUCCCAACUGUGUUAAUAUUAAUGCUUUGCUAGUGGCAGAAACAACCUUACCUCGACAAUAGUCAGACUUCCACGAUCUUGUAAGUCUUCUUUAAUAUAUGAAAAUCCUCUUGGAGACUUUCUUUUUCUCUACCCCUCCCACCUUAAAAGUAUGUAAUCAAUCACUCCUCACAACCCCAGUACAACUCCUUCUCUCCAGGAGUCCUGUCCCUGUGCUUCAAUUAAAGACACCUUUUUGCACCAAAAA